AGUCUCCAGCGCCGAUCAUCAUUUACACCUACACCUCUACUCGUACAUCCACUACUUCAACUAGAUACCUUUCCGCACUAUUCAUCAUGGCUAGCUCAAUGAAGGCCUAUUUGGCCGCCAAAUACAUGUCCGGUCCCAAAGCUGAUGCUAUCCUCGCUCGCACGACUUCUGACGCACCCAGAAAGAAGAAACGCAAGACGACUCAUACCACGACCACUGCUGGCAGCUCUAUGAUAAAGGAUGAUGACAUCCUAGGUUGGGAUGCUAUACCCCAAGAGCAAGAAGAAGAAGAUACCUCCGAAGCCGUUGUCGCGUCUGACCGUGGAUUCAAGAAGCGACAACGAAGGGGGGAAGAAGCCGGGUGGGCAACAGUACGUGAGGGACAGAUCAAAGAUGAGGAAGAAGCAAUACCUGCAGAUGAACGGCCACAAGUAGUGGAAGGACAAGAGGAGCAACCGUUCAGAGGUGGUUUGAUGACAGCGGCACAGAUCAAGAAGACAUUCGGGAGGUCGAAGGAGAUGGCGGUGCUUACACAGGAAGAGAUUGAAGUGGCACAAGAAACUAUCUAUCGUGAUACCUCAGGACGCAGGAUUGACACUGCUGCUGAGCGAGCGGAAGCAGCGAGACUGAAACGUGAAAAGGAGGAGAAGGAGGCGAAGAAGAUGGAAUGGGGGAAAGGCUUGGUACAGAGGGAGGAGGCGGACAAACGGAGGAAGGAAGAGAAGGCUUUGAAGGGGAAGGGCUUUUCACGGACUGCUGAAGACGUUGAGAUGAACCUGGAGUUGAAAGCGCAGGAGCGGUGGAAUGACCCUAUGGCGGCUUUCAUCACGAAGAAACGAUCGAAAGGCCCUCGGAAACCUGAGUACACAGGACCACCUCCGCCACCUAAUCGUUUUGGUAUUAAACCCGGAUAUCGGUGGGACGGCGUCGACAGAGGAACUGGCUUCGAGAAGAAGUUGUUCCAACGGCAGAACGAGAGGAAACGACGAGGCGCAGAGAGCUACUCAUGGAGUGUGGACGAGAUGUAGCUUGGAUUGGCGUGUUUCGCAGCCCUUUGGUCCAGGUUCAGUACUGGGAGACGAUAUGGGUGGAUCGCUAUGGUACGAGUAUCUACAAUAUCAAGAAGGAUGGCGGGCUAGCUUACAGGUACUAUGCUACAGGUAUAUACGUUAUCCAUGUGAUGUUGUUAUCGUUGAUGGUAUAGCUAGAUGGUGUACGGUAUCUGGAUAUGAACAGCGACGAAGAUGCGUAGG